AUGGGCCCUCACGAAAAAUGGCGACUAUUCAGUGAAGACCGCGUAUAUGCUCGGGAAGGGAGGAAAUCUAGACAAUUUUCAUCAAGCUUGGGUGAAUAUUUGGGGUUCGGAGACCAGCCCAAAGUGCGCCAUUUCCUAUGGCGAUUAUGCACCAACUCGCUCCCGGUUCGUGAUCUUCUGAAAUAUCGACAUUUGAUUGAAGAAGCUGACUGCCCGUGGGGCUGCGGUGAAGCUGAGACUAUGGCUCAUGCUAUUUUUGGGUGCCAAAGAGUCAAGGAUUUAUGGGAUGAAUGUGGUUGUGAAGUUAUGUGUACUAAUGCUAUGGAUGUGCCCAUGUGUGAUUUAUUGGUGUCGUGGCAGCAAGUUGACCCAAAGGUGAGGAGGAUUGGUAUGUUCCUUGCGUGGGUAAUAUGGGGCGAAAGAAAUAAGAAGGUGUUUGAUAAUCACACUACUCCACUGCAAGUGUUAGUAAACCGAGUUAAAAGAUUGACCGAAGAACAUGAUAAAUAUGCGUCGCGUAUUUACCACACCCUGCCUUCCAGGUCAGUUACAACCCUGUCAAAGACGUGGUGUCCUCCCCCUCAUGGUAUAGUUAAACUUAAUGUUGAUGCCUCCCUUUCUGUCGAGGGAUGGAUUGGCUUAGGUGUGGUGGCUCGCGAUUCGACCGGGCAGGUAUUGUUUGCUGCCACAAGACGCAUCAAAGCGUUCUGGGCCCCUGAAGUUGCGGAAGCCAAAGCAAUAGCUUUGGGUCUGAAGUUGGGUAAACGCUAUGGGCUCCAAGAGAUUAUAGUGGAAUCGGAUUGUCAAGUUGUUAUCCACCGACUCUCAAAAAGUGCUCUUUUUCUCUCUGAUUUGGAUCUUGUUCUUCAUGAUAUCUUUUCUUUAUGUAGUUCCUUUAGCUCUCUCUCUUGGUCUCAUGUAAAGAGAGAUGAGAAUUUCGUAGCUCAUCAUUUAGCCAAACUAAUUCCUUUCGGUGUCGAACAAGUUUGGGAGAACCAUUAUCCGGUGGAGGUGGCUCCUUAUGUACUCGUUGACAAUUUAGUGUUGAAUUAA